GGGGGGGUUCGAGUAGUUUCCCUUUCGGAUUUUUGCCACCAUGAACCCUCACAUUAUGAAUGCCGGUUACCACUUGUGCACUCAUAUAAGGUCUAGCAUUGCAGUUCCCAGAGAGGUGCUUGCUUAGACGCAACCUGCUAAGGAAAGUGAAAUUCCCCGCGAGAGUGGCGCAACUGAUGGACUCAACGAAGCGGACACUUUUAAGCCCAAAUUGCACAGCACAAUUUGUCGCCAGUCGCCAGUCGCCUGCAAUCCCUGAGCUGGGGCUUCAUUAUAAAGUCGAUGACAUGGCGCCGGCGAGCUUAGUCAUCAUGUUUGCCUGCAAACGGAAGCUUCGGAUCGCACUUGGUCUGGCCUGGUUCUGGAUGAGUCUCGUCGUGGCCCAAAAUGCCAGCGAUGUGGGGGUCAGCAGUCGGGCAGGAAAUCAACUGGACCUGGCCGGUUCGGCCACCGCCAAAAGUUUCGAGCCACCACCUGAAUUCUACAGGGGUCGGGGUCCAGGAUCCGGAGGUGGAGCAGGCCUGGAAACGACUCCUUUGAGUGGUUCCAGCGGUCAUCCUUCGUUGGGAAGCGUGGGCGAAAGUCUCAGUGAAACCUACAACAAGUGGCGAGCUGGAGGUGCUAAUCUCCAGGACCGAAUCAGUGUGGGUCCUUAUGGAGCCGCUGGAGGAGGGGCUGCCCAUGCACCGACCGUGGGCAGCUUUGCAAGCGAUUCCCAUCCGUAUCCCUACGAGUACUCCCACAGCAGCGGAGCAGGAGGAGGAGGAGGAGGACCUGGUUUUGGAGGUGGAAAUGGAAAUGGAGGAGGAACUGGGGCCUAUUUCGGCAGCUCCAGUGUGGAAGCGGGUAUACCAUUCGACGUGUAUGGAUAUGGAUCGCGUCCAGGUCAAGGUGCCGGUGUGGGCCAUGGCCAUUAUUCCCCGCCAGAGUACGCGUAUCCGUAUCCCCUGGAUCCGCAUGAGAUAGCCGCGCACAAGGGACCGGGUCCUGGCCACCACGACGUGUCGCCCAAAGCCCUUUUGGCCAAGAGCUUUCUUAUCCCGCUGGCCAGUGCUGCAGUUUUGGGGAUUGCCGCCGCCUUGGUUAGCAAUCCCCUGCUCCUCCAGUUGGGUACUGUCUCCGGACUGGGCACCAUCGUCGGCAAACGCAAACGACGUGCAACUGGUCAAAAUCUGCUAGCCCAUAAGCACACUUUAUAAAUACAUAUAUGCCAUUCAUAACCAUAACAGAAGUAAUGGAAAAUAAACAUUUGCCUUCAAUGAGUUUGUAUCGAUAAGUAGCUCUCCCUGAUAAGAUUUUAUUUAAAAAUGGU